AAUUUGAGGCGUUGAAUCUCAUUUUAACGAGUGAAAGAAUUUUUAUUGAUUUACUACGAGCGCUCGACUGUCAACAAGUGCAGAAUAAUAAAGACAUUAAUACUAAUAAUAUCAAACUCCACGACUGGAGUAAUAACAUAAUAAUUCGUGAGUGGAAUAGUUUAUUGGAUCCAUCAAUGGAAUUUCGUUGUUUUGUUUAUCAAUCCAAGUUAACCGCAAUAUCACAAUACAAUCAUUAUUGUAAAUUCUAUCAGCUGCAAAACGAUUUAACUAUUCAACAAAUAAAAAUUACAAUUAUUGAAUAUUGGGAACAAAACGUUAAACCACUUUUAGAUCCGUUUAAAGAGGAAUAUUGUAAUUAUAUAAUUGAUUUGGGAUUAAUUGAAAAUAAAUUAUCUAAUGAACUAGAAUGUAUCGUUAUUGAAUUAAAUCCGUUUGCUCAAAGUACUGGUGCAAGUUUAUUUGAUUGGAAAACAGAUGUUAAUCAAUUAACCGGACAAUUAAAUGAAAUCGAAAUACGCGUACGAUCAGAUUAUUUACCAAAUAUUGAUGAAUAUACCAAGUUUAUUUUCGAACAAAGUCAGUUAAGUACAAAAGAUAAUUUAUUAUUGGGUGAUGAUGACCAGGAACCUUAUUUUACCUUACUAAAUAAUAUACACACACAACUUACUUCAUAA